AUGAGACCGCCGGUCCCGGAUGUCGCGUUGCGUAGGGCCCGCAAGGCCUCCAUCGAACAGCAGUGGAUCGACCCCCGCAAUACUGCCCCCGCGACCUUCUUCCUGGCCCGCAGUCGUGAUCACGAUGCGGACGAGGAGCUCUCUCCUGAUGAGUCGGUUCCUUCAAGGGAUAGUAUGUAUGGUGUACAAAGCCUCGAAGAAGCCGUUCACGAUGUCAAUCUCUCUGGUUCCGAGUGCGAGCCCUAUCGUUCGGGUGGAAACCAUGAUUCCACGACUCUGAUCGGACAACAACAACAAUCACAACCGCCUCCCCACGAUCAUCUAGAUAAUGGUCUUAACGGUGCUACCUCACUGCCUCGCCGCAAGUCAACCCUCAAACCAAGCGAUUUACUCAAUGCUAGCAGAUUCGAAAUUUCCUUACCAUCUUCCGACCGCACUUCCCCCCGACCAUUGACGCCCUCGAACCUCAGCAACCCAGAUGAUCCAUCCUUUUCUCUUCCCAGCAGUCCCAAGUCAUUCUCCAAUCAGUCCCUGAGGCAUCUUGAUGACAUCUCGAUCACCGAUGAUGCAAGCAGUGAGGUUGUCGCGUCAGGAGAAGAAGACAAUGAUUUCCCCACGCCGUUCAAUGUAUGCCUUGAUAGCGCAUCUCAGUUGGUUAUGCCAAGUAUCAGGAUGCCCAGUCGAAGGCCUUUUACAGAUCGAGGGAAGUCAUUGGGCCGUCUGAAGGUGCUAAUAGCAGGUGCUUCUGGCACUGGGAAGACCUCUCUCAUCAAAUCUAUUGUUCAAGCGUGCGAAGAUAUCGUUCACGUCGACCCCUUUCCCUCCCUUUCCCCCUCGACAUCGUCCCGCUCACCUGGCUCUUCAACCCGACCCUCUCAGACACACAGUAUUCCACCAUCUGUCACGGAAAUUUACGCUAGCACUAAACCAUAUCCCGUAUGGUGGUCAGACCUAGAAGAUUCACGUGUUUUGCGACGACGUCGGAGCAUGGGUGAUGUAGUCCUUGAGCGCAAUAUCUGUUUUGUUGAUCCUCAGUCCAACUCGUCGGACUGUGCAGGGCAAACUGACAUCAUUGUACAAUAUAUUCGUCAACAGCUUCUCCGAGCGAUGACGUCCCUAAACUCGGCCAAUCAUGAUUUCCAGAAUAUGCUCGCGGGCAAUGGUGGUGCCCAGGUUGACGCUGUCUUAUACCUCAUCUCCGAGGAUACCCUUUCUACAGAUAUUGAAUCUAUCCGGAAGCUAUGCGAUUGGACAAACGUCAUACCCGUCGUAUCUAAAUCAGAUCUCUUGUCAUCCAGUCGAGUCUCGGCCCUCAAAUCCACAUUUCAUAAGCAAGCCCAAGAGGCCAACAUCAAACUUUUCCUUUUCGGAGAUGCAUCCCUCGGCAAAGUCGACGGGUUCAGUGCUCAGUGUCCUUUUGCAGUUUCGUCCGCCAAGUCCGACGAUGAUGACGUUAUGGACGCCAGCACCUUGAUGAGCCCGGACUACGCCCAGCCUUUGAUGGCGUCCGAAUUAAUGCUCCUAGUCCAGAUGUUAUUUGACCGAGAAAACAUAGCCUGGAUGCGACAUUUAUCUGCCAAGAAGCUUGCCCUACGGCAACAAGAGCAGUUCUACUGGCAGCAGGAUAAUCUACCAAAUGGCGCCCUUCCCGAUGUUCACACUUUACGGGGCGGCCCCUCUAGUUAUACCAUGGCUCGAAUAUCCGACCAUACUCGUCACGAAGAGAGGUUGGCCCGGGUACAGCUGGCAAAGUGGGCAUCUGACCUUCAGCAAAGCCUACGUAAUGAACGAGAACGAUACGCUACCAUAGCAAGGGGGGAUCGUGCUGUCUGGCUCACGGAGCGACUGGGCGAGUGUGUUAUAGAUGGUUCGUUGGUACCUAUCUCACAGACUCCUGGCUUCUGUGGUCUCCGUGUACCUGUGGAAAAAGCAGGUGGUGGUCUUCUAGUUCGGACACAAAACGGAAAGAUGGUAGAAUGCCGCAUUGCACGUAUAAGCCCUCAUGAUCCCCUGGGUCUAGUUUGGUGGUCUGAGGAUCUCAAGCGACGGGGUUGGACCAUUAUCCAAAUUGUGGGUAGUUUCGGGGUCGUUGGAGGACUUGCGCUGUGGCUUGCGAAGGCUUGGGGGUUAUCCUCACGAAGUUUCUCUGAUUGGCGAUUUGAUUGGCAUUGCACUGGCCAUUAA